AAUCACCGUCAGCAUGCACUUCGUUAGGCGAAACACGAUCGUAUCAAUCGUUGCGAUGAAAUGUUUGCACCGGCCGAGGGCGAAUAUGUUGAAUGGAUUAGUCGUCAAAAUUACGUGGUUGCGCGUCACGCGCGCCAGUCGUUUACCUGUUUAUCCUCGGAUCUCCUUGUUUUUGUCUCUUUCCCUCAUUUUUCUACAUGCGUGUUGGUUAUCUCGACAAUUUACCUCUCAUUGUUUUUCCCAUUUCAUUUUCGUCUCCAUAUCAAUCGCCGGUCUCCUGUUUCCAAUGGCACCUCACACGGUAACAGUGGUGAACAGAUUAUCGUCGAAAUCUCAGAUUUAUCGCACAUCGUUUCGUCUUCAUACAUGUGCUUUUUAAUAGUGUCGAUUCAUCAGCCCUGAUCCCUAUUAUGUAAUUAUAUUCAUCAGAGGUAGAAAUGCGGACCUGGACAUCUGCGGCCAUAGGAC